GUGACGUCAAUUUUGUUAUAAAUAGCAACUGCCGGCAGAAAUUCGUCAAUCGACAAGUUCGUUUGGAAGGCUCCAUUACUAGCUAUUCUGAACGUUUGUUAACGUUAAACUUUUCUCUUUUGUGGUGAAUUUGUAAAAAAUCUACAAACAAAAUGCGUGAAUGUAUCUCCGUACACGUCGGCCAAGCCGGAGUCCAGAUCGGUAACGCCUGCUGGGAGCUGUACUGCCUCGAACAUGGCAUCCAGCCCGACGGGCAGAUGCCCUCCGACAAGACCGUGGGCGGCGGCGACGACAGCUUCAACACCUUCUUCAGCGAGACGGGGGCGGGCAAGCACGUGCCCAGGGCCGUGUUCGUCGAUUUGGAGCCCACUGUUGUAGAUGAAGUGAGGACAGGGACGUACAGACAGCUGUUCCACCCGGAGCAGUUGAUUACCGGGAAGGAGGAUGCUGCUAACAAUUACGCUAGGGGACACUACACCAUCGGGAAGGAGAUCGUGGAUUUGGUUUUGGACAGGAUUAGGAAGCUGGCUGACCAGUGUACUGGGCUACAAGGUUUCCUGAUCUUCCACUCGUUCGGCGGGGGCACCGGCUCCGGCUUCACCUCGCUGCUGAUGGAGCGCCUCUCCGUCGACUACGGCAAGAAAUCGAAGCUGGAAUUCGCCAUCUAUCCCGCCCCGCAAGUCUCUACCGCCGUCGUGGAGCCCUACAACUCCAUCCUGACCACGCACACCACACUGGAGCACUCGGACUGCGCCUUCAUGGUCGACAACGAGGCUAUUUAUGACAUUUGCAGGAGGAAUUUGGAUAUCGAGAGGCCCACUUACACCAACUUGAACAGGCUCAUUGGACAAAUCGUAUCUUCCAUCACGGCCUCCCUGCGUUUCGACGGUGCCCUCAACGUGGACCUCACCGAGUUCCAGACCAACUUGGUGCCGUAUCCUCGCAUCCACUUCCCGCUGGUGACUUACGCCCCCGUCAUUUCCGCUGAAAAGGCGUAUCACGAGCAGCUUUCGGUGGCCGAGAUCACCAACGCCUGCUUCGAGCCGGCCAAUCAGAUGGUGAAGUGCGACCCGAGGCACGGCAAGUACAUGGCCUGCUGCAUGUUGUACAGAGGGGACGUGGUGCCGAAGGACGUGAACGCGGCCAUUGCUACCAUCAAGACCAAGAGGACCAUCCAGUUUGUGGAUUGGUGUCCCACAGGAUUCAAGGUCGGUAUCAACUACCAACCACCCACCGUGGUGCCCGGCGGCGACCUGGCCAAGGUGCAGCGUGCCGUCUGCAUGUUGUCCAACACCACCGCUAUUGCCGAGGCCUGGGCGCGCCUCGACCACAAGUUCGACCUCAUGUACGCCAAGAGGGCGUUCGUGCACUGGUACGUCGGUGAGGGUAUGGAGGAGGGCGAGUUCUCGGAGGCCAGAGAGGAUUUGGCCGCUCUGGAGAAGGACUACGAAGAGGUCGGCAUGGAUUCCGGAGAGGGUGAAGGAGAGGGAGCUGAAGAAUACUAGAUGAGAGUUUUCUUGGCUACUUUUGAAACGACGAUUUUUGAAGUCUGAUUUUCCGUUAAUAAAUUCAGUUUUUUUACUUGCAAACCAUAU